CGUCAAUCAGCUAACACUCGUUUAUUUCAUGACGCACUGUUGUGGCCAUUAAGGACUGAACAAUUUUACAAACCGAAUUUGAACCCUUUAAGCGGCCAUCCAGCUAACACCUCGAGCCUUAAAAUGUUAAUCUGAUCUUCAUCAAGAAAGUCUUUAACCCUUUCAUAGCAGAGGCGUUCUCAACAUGAAAAUCGACCGAAGUAAACUGAAGAAGAGCCCCUCGGAGGUGCCUCUGGAAUGCCGCCAGCUGAUUCAAACGCUGCGCUCCUGCAAAGACGACAACGAGUUGCUGCAGGAGCUGCGCAAGAUCGAAUCGUGGACCUUCGGCAAAUGCGAGCUCUUUCACUGGACAGACAUCUUGGACAUCUGCGACACUGUCCUCGAGAGGGCCACCACCAGACCUAAGCCCAACUCGUGGAUCAUCGCCUGCGAUGAUGUUGAAAACCAACAGCUGAAAGAACUUUUGCAAUGCGUGCUGCAUUUCACCACCUUGCUGAUUGAGCACUCCUUCUCCCGCCAUCUGUACAAUUCGAUGGAGCACCUGAUCACCCUGCUAUCCUCAAGUGACAUGAACGUCACCUUGGCUGUCCUCAAUUUGCUGUACAUGUUCAGCAAGAGGAGCAACUUCAUUCCUAGGCUCAAUGCAGAGAAGAAAUAUGGAAUUAUCAGGCGGCUCACCCACUUGGCAGAAAGCUGGGGUGGAAAGGAGAAUGGCUACGGCUUGGCUGAUUGCUGCAAAGAUCUCGCAACAUCUCACUUCCCUGCUGGUGCCACUUCGCUCCACUUCGAGUACUUCAACAAUCCGUUAACAGAGAAUGAGGCGAAGUUCCAAAAGUACAUGAAGAGCUCGUGUUCGAGCAACACCAUUGUCACAAUUCACUUAGACGAGGUGGACAAAAUAGACAAGCCCCUGGGAGUCAUCAUGGAAGAGCUCGUCACCCAACACAAUGUGCCUAUAGAGAAACAGGUUCUGCUUUUCACACAUUUGCGUCUGGCGCACUGCUUCGGCUCGCUCAAAGGUCGACUCAAGUGCGUGCAAGUGCGCUUGCAGGCCCUGUCAGUGCUCAUCUACUCAAACGCGUUGAUGGAAAACGCACACCAACUACUCUACAGCAACCUGCUGGAGGAGAUUGUUGAGGUGUUGGAGAUGCAAGAUCCAGCGCUGGUCGAAAUCAAAGCAGCUGCAUUGCGCACCCUUACUGCCAUCAUCCACCUGGACAGAAAUCCACACAUGACCAACUUCUCAAGGAAUUGCCGGCUAAAUACAAUCAUUGACGUAACGGGUGCUUCAUCCUACCACGGAUUUCUGCCCUCGCUUGUACGUUCCUGCAUUGUCGCCCUGACAGCUGCUCCUCCGGGCGAGAAUCCGCAAACGAGCAUUGCUCCAACAUUCCCCUUGCCUCUAGCGACCGCUUUGUUCAGUUUUCUCUACCAUCUGGCCAGCUAUGAGCCUGGUGGCGAAGCACUCGUCUCGUGCAACAUGAUGGAAAGCCUGCUCAAAGUUAUCAAAUGGCCUGGCAGCGAAAUUGAACACAUUACAUUUGUAACCCGAGCAGUGCGUGUGAUUGACUUGAUGACCAACACAGACAUGCAGUCAUUUGAAGUGCACUCUGGUCUUAACACCUUUAUCAAUAGACUAGAGUGUGAAGUGAACAUAUGCCGCAAUGAGCAGCCCUUUGUGAUCUUACCUGAAAAUCAGGAUGGCAUGGACAUCAGCAGAGAGAGCUCUGUUGAGAAUUCGCCACGGUGCGCAGAGCCAAGCGAGGAGGUGGUAGUCGCGAUGCAGCAGCAGCCGCGGGACAAAAGCGGUCCUCUGCACUGCUUACCGCAGCGGGCAGCGCUGCUCAAGUCGAUGCUGAACUUCCUGAAGAAAGCAAUCCAGGAUCCAACGUUUGCCGAUAGUAUUCGACACGUGAUGGACGGCUCACUCCCCUCAACCCUGAAGCACGUGAUCAGCAACGCCGAGUACUACGGGCCGUCGCUUUUCCUGCUUGCCACCGACGUCGUCACCGUUUACGUGUUCCAGGAACCGUCGCUGCUCACCUCGCUUCAGGACAACGGCCUCACGGAUGUGAUGCUACACGCUCUGCUCGUGAGAAAGGUGCCGGCCACCAGGGAGGUGCUUGGCUCACUGCCCAACGUUUUCAGCGCACUCUGCCUCAAUUCAAGGGGUCUAAACGCCUUUGUGAAGUGCUGCCCUUUCGAACAGAUGUUCAAGGUGCUGCUCUCACCCAAAUACCUGGCCGCCAUGCGCAGGAGACGUAGCUCAGACCCCAUGGGCGACACAGCCUCAAAUUUGGGCAACGCCAUGGACGAGCUCAUGAGACACCAGCCUAGUUUGAAGAAAGACGCAACCCUCGCCAUCAUCAAGCUUCUUCAAGAACUUUGCAACCUGGGAACCGAUCCAAAAUAUGUAUGCUGGCGGCCGCAGAAAAAACUGGAGGCCCCAACCGCAACGCAGAGGAGCGGCUCAAGAGGAGGCAGUAGCGAUGAUGAAGAAGAGGAAGACGAUGACGAGAAUACCCAGUCAAGAGGCGAGGAGGAACAGCCAAUAGAGGAGGGACAAGAAAGAGUAGCUGUACCCCUGGUUGACUACAUCGUCAAUGUGAUGAAAUUCGUGGAUGCUAUACUUAGCAACAAUUCUACUGAUGACCACGUGCGGGAGUUUAAGGACCAGGGUGGCCUCAAGCCACUCAUUUCUCUGCUUGGCCUGCCAAAUCUUCCAGUUGAUUGUACAUUGCAAUUGUCUUCCCAGGCGGUUUCCACCGUCUGCAAAUCAAUCAUGAAUUUAUCUCACGAGACAGAGGUGCUUGGCGAAGGCUUCCGCCAAGUAGAUCCUAUUCUCAGAAAGAUGUACAAACUGUUGGAUACUGUACCUGCCAACGAAAUCAAGACGUCAACUGUGUUGUUGAAGGAAAUCGCGUCUGUGCCUGAUAUCAAAGAAGCCUUCACAUGUCCAGACCAAACACCUGCUCUGCACUCAUUUGCUGCCCUCAACGACUUUAUUGUCAUGUUCUCUUUUGUCUGUAGAACAGGCCAGCCUGACAUUCGUGGACUCAAUUUGAACAUGUGGGGUAGUGCGGAAGGGAACAAAGUGUUAGACAAGCUUAUUGUGGUGUACAAACACAUUGUUUGGGAGAGCACUGCUCUGCUAGUCCUGCGCAGCAAUGAAAAUUUUGACAUCACUGGCCACUUUGGCAAAGAAGAUCUCCUGAAGCUAGUGAGUGCGAGUGACGAAGCUUCAGCUAAAGGCAAACUCACAGCUAAAUCGCUCAACUCACCAGAUGUAGAUACAAACUCGUGUGACAAAGACAGCUACCCAGAAGUGUUUCGCAAGGAAACUCGAAUGCAGACUCUUGGCAAAUCAUCAGGUCUCUCGGACGCACAGCUUUCCAACCUCUCAAAGCUAGUUGAUCCUACAACCAGAUUAAGACAAUCAAUGUCAGAAUUCUUCUCGAUUCUGGUCAAGCUGUGCGUGGGUACUCCUCUGAGACAGAGACGAGGGCAGACUGGAAGCAAUUCCCCUUUCAUUGCCACUAAUCAGUCGUGCGCAGUUGCUUCAAGACUAGGUGAUCUGAUCAAAAAUGCUGUCUGGCAUAAGAAAUUCCCUCAAGCACCGUACGACUAUUUGACGAAAUCUAGUAAAUUAGAGGUUGUUUUCAGUGUUAAAUACCUGAUUUCUGCGAUCACUUUUGUAACACCCAUGAUGCUAGAUGAGAAGAAGGUUCCAUACCACCUGAUGCUCAACGAAUUCAUUGCCAAUCGUGGAUACCUGCGUUUCUUUGAGACAUUCCGCUGGGUGUUGUGUGCAGAUAUGAGUAUGUUUGAUAUAGUCAAGGACAAGUAUGCAUUGCCCACUGACUUCCACCCACCAAAUAUUCCAUGGCUGCCAAUUUGCUCUGAAUUCGUGGAGAGCUGGCUGGAACUGUUGGAAAAGCUUGUGAAUCCAAAGUCUGUGCUCGAGUCGCCUCACUCUUUGUCUACAAAGGCUAACAAUAUGCUCUCACACCCAUUUGAGCCAACAGAAUAUAUCACCCUGAUGCAGAAGCUUGCCUUUGAUUCCUUGAUGCUUUUGUGGAACGUGGACCCACGGAACCAGAUUCUGUCGUCUCCCAACGUCAUUCCCUUGAUGCUGCAAAUCUGGCAGCACAUUCUCAAGUCUGAGGAGAUUCUUGACGAAUUAAAAAAAGACAAGAAUAAGGAAACAGCUGCCACAAGCAGCGCAACCCCUGCUGUUGCGACCACAAACUCUGUCGAGGUAGAUUCAGAAGUCAGCGUGGAGCACCUCAACCGACUCGUUGACAUGGGUUUCUCAAGGGCCAUGUCAAUCCAGGCUCUGAGAAUUUCUCCUACUGUCGAGCAAGCCACUGAGUACUUGCUAAAUGCUCCUUCUAUGGGAAUGGACGUUGACGUAUCUGAGGAAGACCAAAUGCAUCAAGCUAUAGCUAUGUCCCUCGGGGAAACGACUGAAAAAUCAACCAGCUCGAAAGAGAAAGUCCCCAUAAUUGAACAGAAACCUGAGCCGCUGACCAAAGACGAGGUGUACAACUUCACGCUGGCAGCUCCUGAAGUGUGUCUGAAAAUGCUGGACACUAUCAAUAGCUCAGCCACUACAAAGGCGUGUGACUUGCUGGUGAUGAUUGCCAAGAGAAAUGGAGAGAGCUUCCGGAAGCAGAUGCUGAACACAAUUUUGAAGGAGACGUCUGAGUGCAUCAAACUGUUCCUUGAACAGGUCAAAGACAUCACUGACACCAACCGCUACCUGAUUAUCCAGUCGGACUCCCGCGAAUCGGGAAGAACAGCUGACCUGCUCAAGUUCUUCUCGUUACUCUUUGAGGAGAUGAAAAUUCCUAGCUGCGUAGCAAUGGAAGAAACUGGCAUCAUCGAGCAGCUGGUUGCUCUCAUGAGCCCUUGCCUGCCUCACAUUCAAUUCGAUUCAACCCCCAAGUGGCUUGGACCCAUCUUCCAGAUCUUGGAUCAAUAUGAGAGAGUAGCUGUCGGUCUUGAGAGACAAGAAGAAAUGCACAAAAUAUGCGGACGCCAAUGGAAAUGGUAUGACGUUUCAUCCAGUAAGUGGUGCACCUACAGUGCGCCUUACAAUGAUACCAUCAACAAAGCCUACUUUGGUGGUGAACCGAACGUGAGAAUCACCUAUGGUAGGCGCAAAUACACCUUGCACUUCAACACAAUGUACCAGUGCAAUGAGGACACUGGCAACCGACGCCCAAUCAUGUUGUGCCUUAACGACAAGCUAGAGGAACCCAAAGGCGAGCUAGAAGAAAACGGUGAUACCUCUCCAAAAAAGAUGGAAAUCGACCAGUCGCCAGCUAAGGCAGCAGAAACAGAUGAAAGUAUUGUAGAAAAGCCUUUGGUUGAAGAAGGGAAAAUCAAGGGCAUUGGUGAUACGUACUCAAAGAUUCUGAUCAAGGCGUGCAUAAAAUUGCUGUCCGUGCCUGUGUGCCCAGACGCGCUUCAGGCUAUGAUGAAGAUUUUAGUUAGGAUCACCAGAAACUACAAAUACGCCCAGAUCUUCUUUGAAAAUGGUGGCAUAUGGAAGCUGCUGAUGCUGAAAAAUUUGCACCACUUCCUUGGAGCAAUCAACCUCAUCACCAUUGUGAUCAGACACACCGUUGAAGAACCUAAAGUGCUUAAGUUGGCCAUGGAGAAAGUGCUGCGUACCAAAACGCAAGCAAACCUUCCUCCCUACCUGAAAGAGCUCUUCUACCUUCUUAGAAUAUGUGGAAAUGCAGUUUGCAGGUCGCCAGAAACUUUCUUGCAGCUUUGCAAAGAAAGCCUCAGAGCAGACUCUAACAUCACGAUUCGCAGAACUGAAGAGGAGGACUUGCCCAUCAUUUGCACCACUGGCCCACCAAAGCACUAUAAAAUAACAUCAGAAGCAAGCAGUGCCUCUGCAGCGGUCGUCAAUGAACUCUUAGACGCACUUCUGCAACAAAUGGCUCAGAACGAGGGUAACAAGAGUGAGAAGAAGGGCAAGGAAAAGGAGGAGGCUACCGCGUGCAGCUCAAAGCCGAGCAAGCGGACUUUUUCAGCGCCUCCACCGCCACCCUCCUCUGUUCGUCACAGUGUGCGCAGUGGGAGGGCAGCGGUUUCCACUACGCGCCAGGGCCAGCUCGAUUGCCUACUAGGCGAAUUGCAAGUGGCCCAUGACGCUGAGGACAAAACUCGCAAGAGGCCAACUUCAGAGGAGAGCUCUAAGCCCCUUGUGCCCUGCUCUGCCAUCCUCAAGAUCCUGGCUGAGCUAGUUAGGUCGUACAAUCAUGUGGGCAAGAUCAUAUCAGAGUACCAACACCCAAAGGACGCGCCGAGAGGCGAGACUAGCGCCAGGAUCAGUCCUGGCGACCCCGCCGGCCAGCAACAGGCUUUCAGCGCUGUACAUUACAUCAUUGAGCAUCUAUUUGACUCCUGCGCUGAUCUGGAGUGCCACAACAUGGUGCGCAUGCUUAUUUCUGCAUUGGCCUCUUGCAGUUUUUCCAGUGAAAUUCAGACGCACGUUGUCAUGGAGGUCAAAGCAGCUCUCAAUCGAGCCCUGAGCAUGCCUGAGUCCAACUCAAAACACACUGAAGUACAGGAGAUUUGCAAUUUGGUUUCGGUGAUGAUCGACAGCUGUCCUGCUCCAGUUCCCCCUUGCCCAUUUGCAAUUUUGGGAUCGGUUGACAAGCCUCCCUGCAACGUCACAGCCAACAGCAUUGUCAGAAUCAUGAUUAAGAAGGGUAUCCUCACAGACUUGUCCAGAAUCCCCUACAGCCUGGACUUGUCCAGUCCCAACCUGCAGGCCACUGUCAACGGGCUGAUCAAACCUCUGGAGACCCUCACCAGAAUUGUGAUUCACCCUCCAUCCACAGUUAAAGAUGGCAAGAAGAGUAAGACUGGCGCUCAAGAUGCUGGAUCGCAAACCUCAACAGGAAACUCAGCAACUGGGAACUCACGUCGCACCCAGAGCACCUCAGAGAGCAUGGGCUUGGAGGAGCUGAUGGAGCACUUGAUGGAAAGUGCUAGAGAUGGUGGCGGCGUAGUGCAAGACAUCAUGGAGUUCUCUGUCACUGAUGAAAGGCCGAGGCACAAUAUGAAUAGAGCUCACAGUGAUGAGGUUCACUUGUAUGAUGACAUGAACCCGCCUGAAAGUCCAUCGAUUCGUCAGUGGGAAGAGUCUGACUCAAACUAUGACGACGAUGAAGACAACCACGAUGAAGAACAGCAAGGCGAAGAAGGUAACAACGCAGAACGAGGUCAAGACUCCCCGGCUGGUUCUGCUGAUGGUUCGGUGGAGGGUGGCACUCCUGAACCUCAAGAGUCAAGUAGCAAUGCUCCUAAUCUUGCGGCUGCAGCCGCUGCGGUAGUGGCUGCAGCGGCGGCAGCUGCACUAGAUAACCACGGUGACACUCACGAGGAUGAUGAGGAGGAUGAUGAAAUGGAUGAAGAUGAGGAGGAAGAGGAUGACAUGGACGAUGAUGAUGAGGAGGAGGAUGAAGAUGAUGAUGAAUCCGAAGAAGAAGCGGAUCUCACUAACAACGACCUCCCUGGCUUCCUGAACAUGGGCGUCAGCGCACACCCCACUCAUCACCACCACCAUCAUCACCACGGGCAGCAGCAGCAAAAUCCACUGGUCGCCUUCCGCGGCUCCCUCGAGAGCGACAAUGUCGGCGGUGGUGGUGGUGUGUUGCAGCGGCAGAACGCCACCCGAUCGCAGCGCUCAAGCCUGCAGAGGCGUUAUCUGGCCCACCUACAUUCUCGAGGACCGGCUAUCCUGCAGAGAAUUCGCAUUGUCAACAGGCUUCUGGGUCCGGAGCCUCUCACUCUAGGGGAAACAAGGCACGGUUCUAUUCCUGUGAUUGAGUCUCUCACCCUUCUUGACGAAGAUGAUGGAGACGAUUCGGGGGCCUAUCUAUUUGGGCCUUCAUUGCCAGCUGCUGCCAACAACAUUCCCAACGCUCUGCACUGGUGGAAUGAGGAAGGAAAACUCCUCGAUGGAGACUCCAUGCCUGCUUGCUCAAUUGUCUUGGCCUCAAAGAUUGUGAAGCAGCUCACUAUGCAAAGAGACAAGGAGUUAGCUGAAAAAAGGAAGAAGAAACUUGCUGAGGAGGAGUUGAAACUUGCAAAAGCGGCAGAUACAAAUAAGGAAAAUAUGGAGACUGACACAAGCGCGCCUGAAGCGCAAGCGGUAGCCACCGAACCUGCGACGCCGGGCAGUCAAAUGCAGGGGCAAGAAAUGCAGCUGAUCGCGUCUGAGGUGUCCAACAUUGUGAACUCUGUAUUCCGCUCGACGCAAACACUAACUUCAACUGACACGGAGCAGAGCAAUUCAGCCGCAAGCUGCGAGAUGCCGGCCUCUGAGAGCGCCGCCGCUGAACAGGAACAGAGUCAAACCGAGAAUACGGCGUGCUCGCUUACGCCGACCGACUCUUGUGAUGUGGCCCAACGAGAUGAGCUGUCUGCUGAGACGCCGGUACCACCCGCCAGCCAGAACACUGAGAACGAUUUGAGUGAGAAUAUGCACACAAGUCCACCUCCACCAGCGCCGACAAAUGAUGCGACGGCCGACAAGAGCGAGGAGGAGCCACCAAAAGAGGAGGAUGAAGAAACCGCUAUGGAGCAGCAGGAAAGUGCGUUGGAGAAGGAGCCCGUCAGCCCGCCGCUGCCCACCGAGCCCACUGCCAGCAGCAAUUACGAACCACUUGAUUAUGAGUCUAUCAACUCAUGGUUUGACACUCCACGCGCUACUGGGGCCCAAGUCGAGAUAGCUACCGCUGCAGCCCCAGCUGAGCAAACUGUUGAGGCGGGUGCCACUGCCUCUGCUACAGGAGAGGCGCCUGCGUCUACCUCCGCCUCCACUUUAAAUGGCAUGGAAAUGGAAUUACCUGAAGGCGUUGAUCCUUCCUUCCUGGCCGCCCUGCCAGAGGACAUGAGACAGGAGGUCAUCGCUGAACAGUUGAGACUUCAAAGACUACAGAGGGCUAGAGCCCAAGCGCCAGAGGCUGCAUCCGCCACUGCCGCCGCCGCUGCAGCUUCUGCCGCAGCGGAAGCUCCAUUGGAGGUUAACCCUGAAUUCCUAGCAGCCCUUCCACCCAACAUCCAAGAAGAGGUGCUCACCCAACAAAGACUGGAAGAGCAGCGCCGUGCUGCCGCCGCCGCCAACCCCAAUGACCCGGUUGACGCGGCUGCCUUUUUCCAGAACCUGCCUCCGUCACUGCGACAGUCUAUUCUGACUGACAUGGAGGAGUCCCAAAUCUCGGUAUUGCCACCAGAACUCGCGGCAGAAGCGCAAACUCUGCGUCGAGACUGGGAAGCGCGCAACAGACAGAUAAUGCAAGAGCGUUUCCUAAACCACGUCAGCCAAAGCAACAAUACUCUCUCCUCCAUUCUGAGAAAUUCCGUUAAUCCAACAGGUUUGAUCGAAGGUCGUAUGCCUAGUCGUUACAUCUCUUCCGUUCCGCCUCGCGCUUGGGGCCAAUGGAGUCGCUCCACGCCUGGAAAUACGGAUAACAUGAGGACAGCUUGUUCUUACCUCACAAAGUGGAAGGGUAAGCAAGUUUUGGACCAAGAGGCGAUCGCGUGCCUUUUGGUACUCCUGUUCGUCGAAGAUCCAAAACUGAACAUCACAAGACUGCAAAGAGUACUCAGGCAUUUAUGCUGGCAUGCUGAAACGAGGGACUGGAUCAUUGGGUCAUUGGUUUCCAUCCUGGAGAUGUGCAACGACUGCUAUGAAGCAUCUCUUUCAGAGCCGACUUUGUUUACUAAACCUCGACAGAACUCUGCGAGCAAAACGCCUGCUUGGCUCAAUAUUACCAUGGACGCUGCCCUUGGCUCACGAACAAAUGUAUUCAACAUUCAAAGGCCUUCACUGGGCAAAAGAAGUGCCAAUGGAGAGAGGUCGGCCAAUUGCAACAUCAGCAUUCACCCUCAAGCUGCAUCGUCUGUUGCCAAUCGAGUGCUUGACACUCUUAUCUUCAUUGGCGAAGUGUUCCCUGAGUACUUUUUGCCACACAGGUUCAAAGACCAUGGGGCGGCCAAGUCUGAAGGCUCCAGUGGGGCAGAGAGUCAAGGCAAACCUGACUUCUGGGACACGCUGAUCAAGCUGGACACAGUGAGCGCACUGAAGAACAGCAAGAGCCUGCACAAGUGGCAGCACAGUGGAGAUAGCGAUUCGCAAAUACCGUUCUCGGACACGUGCCACUUCCGCCGCUUCCUUCCCUUCCUCUCGUUCCCGCUGAUCCUGCGCAGCCCGCAGCUGAUAGACAGCACCAUAUGCCUGCUUUACCAGGUGUCGUCUGGCCUGGUGAAUGAGUGCGCCGUUCGCGUCAACAUUAUCCCUGACGACACAACAGCGUCUGAGUCGGACGAGAGCCGCGCCUUGUCACCAACGCGUCACUUUGCGCACCACUCGACCAGACUACGGUGCAGCAAGAUCCCGCCCAAAUAUUGUGUCAACACCAAGGGCACGCCCAAGGGCCACUACCCGUACAUCCCAACCUACAUCAGAGAGGUGGACGUGCCGCAGCGGCAUCUCAAACUCCUCAUUGACGUACUCAUCAGCAAGUCGUGCCUCGAAAACGGUCUCAAGAACGCUAAGGUCUUCCUCAACAACCUCUGUCGUGGGCCGGAAGCCACCAAGGACAUGGUAAUCAAACUGCUGAUGGAUGGAGUGAAGCAGAUUGGGCACACAGUGGAGCGCGACAUUUCGGUGCUUCUGGCCGAGUUGCGGCAGCACAGCGUCUCUACAUUGUCCAGCAAGAAGGAGAAAACAACCGAGGGCGAGGACGAACUGCGCAGCGACCGCGUGCACCGCGGUAAGCUGGCCGACCGCUUCACCAACUCAGCGGUGAUCGUGAACGCACCCAGCAAGAUCUCGGCCAGCACCGGCCACGACCUGCAGCUGCCCUCAAUCGCGCUGCUCACCAGCAAAACCUCUAGCCAGUCGUCCUUCCUGCGACUGCUCAAGGUCUUCAUAGACUUGCGUAGCAAAUACAACAAGAAGGGUACCAAGCACCUGCAGACCUACCCUGGAUACGUUUUUGUUCCUGUGACAACCGAAGUUGUCUGCUCAAGCAGCGAUGACGAAGCAGAUGACUAUGAAGCUUCGUCAACAGAUCGACCCACGCCAACCAGUGCGGCCAGUGCCACCGCACCCACCGCAACCUCCUCCUCCGCCAGCACGUCAAAAGACAUCGACUUCAGCAAGCCUGAAUUUGGAAAGCCGAGGGGCGAGUCGCCGCCUUUGAGUCAGGACUUGGGGCUUGACUCGUUGUGGGAUGUGCUCAGCCAGUGUCUUUCAGAACUAGAAAAUAAUCAGGACCAGCACGCCGUGCUCAUACUUCAGCCUGCGGUUGAAGCUUUCUUCUACGUGCAUUCGUCACUGGAAGACAGCAAAAACGCGGCUGCGGCCGUCGAAGUGUCGGAAGCGCAAGCUGCACAGGAGCCAGCAGUCGCCUCCGACACUGCUGAGCAGCAGGCAUCAUCCGCAGUUGUUCAAGCUGGAGAGGAUGCGUCUGAGGCCAAGAGUUCAAGUGAAACCGCAAACCUCUCACCUGACAUGCGCAAGUUCCUCUCCUUUGCAGAAAUGCACCGAACGGUUCUCAACCAGAUCCUGCGGCAGACGAACACGCACCUGGCCGACGGUCCUUUCUCCGUUCUGGCGCAUCACACGCGCAUCCUGGACUUUGAUGUGAAGCGGCGUUACUUCCGCACUGAACUUGACAGACUCGACGAGGGCAUCCGGCGCGAGGAGCUGGCAGUACAUGUGCGCAGAAGCGCCGUCUUUGAGGAUUCUUACCGCGAGCUGCACAGGAGGAGCUCUGAGGAGUGGAAGAACCGUUUCUACAUCGUCUUUGAAGGCGAGGAGGGCCAGGACGCUGGAGGCCUCUUGAGGGAGUGGUACGUGAUCAUUUCAAGGGAAAUCUUCAACCCUAUGUACGCCUUGUUCAUAACCUCGCCUGGAGACCGAGUGACCUAUAUGAUCAACUCAACGUCAUAUUGCAACCACAACCAUCUGAGUUACUUCAAGUUUGUUGGCAGAGUGAUUGCUAAAGCGAUAUACGACAACAAGCUGCUUGAGUGCUACUUCACACGCUCAUUCUACAAACACAUCCUUAGCAAGCAGGUCAAAUACACAGACAUGGAGAGCGAGGACUACACCUUCUAUAAGGGUCUUGAGUUCCUCAUGGAGCACUCUGUCAAGGAGAUGGGCUACGACGUCACUUUCAGCACAGAGGUGCAGGAGUUUGGCGUGACUGAGGUGCGUGACCUGAUCCCUAAUGGCCGUAACGUGCCAGUCACCGAGGCCAACAAGAUGGACUACAUCCACCUCGUGUGCCAGAUGAAAAUGACCGGCGCAAUUCAGAAACAGUUGAAUGCUUUCUUGGAGGGCUUCUAUGACAUCAUCCCCAAGAAGCUGAUCUCAAUUUUCAACGAGCAGGAGCUGGAGCUGCUGAUUUCGGGCCUGCCCAACGUCGACAUUGAGGACUUGAAGGCCAACACAGAGUACCACAAAUACCAAAGCACAUCCUUGCAGAUUCAAUGGUUCUGGAGAGCACUCCGCUCCUUUGACCAGGCGGACAGGGCCAAAUUCCUGCAGUUUGUUACGGGAACGUCAAAGGUGCCGCUGCAGGGUUUCGGCGCCUUGGAGGGCAUGAACGGCGUGCAAAAGUUCCAGAUCCACAGGGACGACCGGUCCACCGACCGCUUGCCUUCGGCCCACACAUGCUUCAACCAACUGGAUUUGCCUGUUUACGAAACGUAUGACAAGUUGAAGUCUUACCUUCUGAAGGCCAUCCACGAAUGCUCGGAAGGAUUUGGAUUCGCUUAGACUGAUUGCUUAACAUAAAUGAUCGAGAGAAAGAGGUGAUGAUGCUGAUAAUUGUCCAUGAUUAGUAAACACACAGUUGAUUAUUUUUUAAAAAGGUGAACCUACAUGAAGAUAAUAAUGAAACAAAUUGUGAA